CAAACUACGUACGAACCCUUUUGUUACCAACUCCAAACUACGCCCGACCCCCUUUGUUACCAACUCCUAUCUACGCACGACCCCCUUUGCUACCAACUCCAAACUACAUACGACCCCUUUUGUUACCAACUCCAAACUACGCCCGACCCCCUUUGUUACCAACUCCUAUCUACGUCCGACCCCCUUUGCUCGCAACUCCAAACUACGCCCGACCCCCUUUGCUCGCAACUCCAAACUACAUACGACCCCGUUUGUUACCAAAUCCAAAUAGCAAACGUCCCUCCCACCAUAGACCAACUUUCAUUCCCUCACCAACCUAUCCUGACAUUACCCCUGACAUUGCUCAACCCAUCCAUCACAACACACGCACACAACAACAACACGCCAACAACACACAUACUAGACACCAAUUCACACAUCACAGAAACAGAUCUAUGUCCUGCUCUCGACCUCAACCACACAAGCACACACACAGAACAAACCCACAGGCUACACAAACUAGGUCGACCAAUGUGGACCAGUUGGACAAUGUCCAGUCUAGAAGUUCUUCACCCUGCGCUGCAAUACAUGAGCAAGUCCUAACUAGACCGACUCAAUGUGAAACUAGGGGAGACGAUAGGCUUUCUGGACAAGCAACUGCUUCAUUCAAUCUUUCUCCUCCAGCUAAUAACUCAACUAUAACAAUAGAACAACAAGCUUACAACACACAGCCACAUACAGAAACAACUCACACCCCCAAUGAAACGUCUGCUUCAUCGGUUCCCUACAAGGAUACACAUUUUAGACUUUGCAGAAAUGAAAAUAUGGACAAAAGCUCGUCCAACAGGUCUGUGCCAGCAACAUUUCCAACAGAAACAAUUCAGGAAAAUAACCUUUCACAAAAUGUCCUUCGGAAUGUUGCGGCCUAUCAAAUUGAAGCAGGAAAAGAGAACUCGUCAACAGUUGAACAUAUUUUGAGUCUUUUAGAUAGAGGAGCCUUAGCUGAAAACUCUCAAAGAAUCCAUGGACCUAAUAUUAUCUAUUUCAACAACAUCAUCAUGAACAACAACAUCAACAACAGCACCAACAACAACAACACAAACCACUGCACCAACAAUAUCAACGGAAAAAACGUUGUUGUAAGCGGCGAGAUCAACUUGAACGCUGCAGACACUGACGAGACCAACGAUGAGGACAGUGGAGAUGAAAGUCAAUGAACACAAGUCAAUGGUACUCAGACACCAAUAGAACAUGGGGAAGGUCACAAAUCAACGGAUCACAAACAUCUAGAAGACAUUAUUUAACAUUAAGACAUUGUUUUAAAGUUUUGUCAUGUAACUGAAACUAGACCAAUAGAUAACGAAGUCGAAAUAUGCAGUCAUUUCAAACCAUUUUAAGAAAGUAUUCACAGUUGACCUUCGUCCGCUCAUUUUGUUUAGGAAUUAUAAUUUAUAAUGACAUAAUGUUUUAAUUAUAUUGACAUAUUUUUGAAUUAUAUUAACGAACAACAUCUUGACGCGCUGACAACACCACUUCCCAUUAACAUUAGCCACAUUGUAAUGAUUUAGCCAAACACUACUUUGUACUAAAAUGCAAUAAUUUACCUAAGUCUACGUUAAUAUGACUAUACCUAAACACUACUUUAUAUAAAUUUCACGGCUUAAGUAAUUUUAUUGAAUAGCAACUUAAAUCCUGUACAGUUUAAUAGCCUUAUACAAAUAUUUUUAUAUUCUUUUGCUAUUCACAAAGCUUACGUUACUUAAACUACACUACAAAAAAAAUAAAGUCUUAUGUUAUAAGGACUUGUUAAAAAACAGCCGCUUUAUUCAAAGCACAAAUAAAGUACACAGAUCGGUUAUGCUAGACAUUUGAAACAAAAAGCAAGGAGCUAAAGAAAUGUUUAUCUAUACAUUUAUUCAAUA